UUAGUCAAUAUUUUACUUUCAUUUUACAUUCUAAGAAUAGUGUUUCCUAGAAAUUAGCCUGUUAGCUUGUUCAACUAGACAGUUUAAAUCCUGUGUGGUUGGUUAUACGAGACCAUUUGUUAUAUCGGUUACCAGGUGUUAUGCGAGACUAUAUGUUUUAUAGGAAACAAGAUUCACUGUUACCAAUCUACCACUGAAUAAUUUGACAAAUUUACAUUGUCUUCGGUUGAACUUGUUAUAAUGAGUCGGUGUAAAGCAGAGGAAUUCAGAGAACAGUUAGAAAAGGCUGUAAAUAAAAAUGAUACAGUUGCCGUAGAAAGAAUUAUACAGGAGUAUGUGGAAUUAGGAAACGAAUACGGUAUACGACAUGUGUUUUGGGUAAAACUCUGUGAAAAUGCUCUUAAAAACAAAUGCUUACCAAUAGCUAAACUGGUGCUGCCUCCUGAGUGUAUUUCUAACAUUGAAACCAGUAAAACUCUGAUGAAGGCUGCAAUAGAAUCUGAUUUCACGGAGGGUGUUAAAUUUCUCCACUCUAAAGGAAUACCUCUUUCUUUUGCACUACCAUCGAGUAAUUAUUUGUUACAUUCAAUAUCCGGUAACUACUGGAGUGUCCUCAUUGAGUGUGCCAAAAACAAUAAGGUCGAGGUGUUAAAAUACCUGCUAAAACUCAAAUAUCUUGAUAAGAACCCAGAUAGAGAACAUACGUUAAUAAUGUUAUGUUGUCAUGAACUAAACAUUGAAAGUUUGAAGAUUUUGUUGAACAGUGAACUAAUAAAUACCAUUAACCAACAGUCAUGGAAUCUUGGAUAUUCUGCCCUACAAUUUUGUAUAGAUGGAAUGAAGAAACGUUCGUCGUUAUUUGGUAUUGAUGUACGAAACCCGAAGAGAGUUCUUGAUUGUGUAAAAUUAUUGGUGGAGGCAGGGGCGAAUGUGAAUCUACAAGCGGGGAAUGGGAAAUCACCAAUCCAACUGGCUGCUAACCGUGGUAUGGUGACAACGGUAAUAUAUUUGGUACAGACAGGAGCAAGCCUUGAUAUGACAACAAACCAAGGCACCCUCCUUCAUUGUCUUGCAGGGAGUGACCAAAAGGCAGAUUCUUACGAUGAAUGUGUUCAGCUAUUAAUAACCCAUGGUAUGGACAUAAACCAACUGAACUCAUCGAAUAAAACUCCACUGUAUCUAGCAGUAUGUCAAGGAAAUGAAGAGAUGGUGGGGUCAUUAAUUAAAUCCGGUUGUGACGUCAAUAUUAAAUUAGGUUACGACAUGGAAUCUGUAUUAAUCCAACUGGCUGCUAACCGUGGUAUGGUGACAACGGUAAUAUAUUUGGUACAGACAGGAGCAAGCCUUGAUAUGACAACAAACCAAGGCACCCUCCUUCAUUGUCUUGCAGGGAGUGACCAAAAGGCAGAUUCUUACGAUGAAUGUGUUCAGCUAUUAAUAACCCAUGGUAUGGACAUAAACCAACUGAACUCAUCGAAUAAAACUCCACUGUAUCUAGCAGUAUGUCAAGGAAAUGAAGAGAUGGUGGGGUCAUUAAUUAAAUCCGGUUGUGACGUCAAUAUUAAAUUAGGUUACGACAUGGAAUCUGUAUUAAUGGCUUCAAUACGACGGCAACGGACGGCUAUUGCUGAAAUACUCAUUAAAGCUGGUUGUGAUGUUAACAGCACUGAUAAAAAUGGCGUUACACCUUUAAUGGAAUCCGUAAAAACUGAUAACCAUGUUUUAGUCAAACAACUUAUUGGACACGGGGCGUUUGUUCACGCUAAAGAUAACAACGGAUGUUUCGUAUUGGACUAUUCAUUUCGUUAUAACUAUUUAUUUCCCGCUUACCACUAUACCAACGAUCAAUCUGCUUCAGCAGACAUUGUUAAGAUGUUGAUAGAGGCUGGGGCUGAUAUUCAUAAAUGUGAUAAUCUGCUUCGCAGAGCACUUGUUCAGGCAUAUUAUGCAACAGCAUCAUUGCUUAUUGAACACGGCAUCGAUGUCAAUACGGUAGACGAAAAUGGAGAUAAACCGCUUGCUCUUGCUUCCCAAACAGGUAAAUUAGAACUAGUGACAUUGCUAAUAUCAAAAGAUUGUGAUAUAAAUCACCAAAAUCUAAAAGGAAAAACAUCGUUGCACAAAGCUAUACUAGUUUCGAGAUUGCACAAAGCUAAAAAAUGUAGGGGAUAUUCUCUUCAGAAUCGGGGAGAAGUUAUAAAACUCUUACUACAGAAUGGGAUGAACGUGAAUCUAGGUGACUUCGAUGGCCAAACGGCCUUGUUCAUGGCAGUAGGUAAUGGAGAAAGAUCUAUUACUAAAGAUUUAUUGAAGGCUGGUGCCAAUGUAAACCAUUGUGAUAAGAAACGACAAACUCCAUUGAUGACAGCAGCAAGCAACUGUAAUAGAUCUAUUUUAGAAUGUUUACUGGAGGCUGGAGCUGAUGUUGAUAAAACUGAUACAGAUGGAAGAUCAGCUAUAUAUGGUAUAAUGGUUGGUAGUCGUGGUAGGGAUAGGAAGUGGAUCAACUGUCUAAAAUUACUUUUGACGAAUAAAUGUCACGUGUCUCUGGGUACUCCGGAAAAAAAUAGAAAAACUCUAUUUGAAUGGUUACUAGAAAACGACGAAGCCGAUCUUAUAUGGUAUCUCGUUACAGAGAACUGUUCUCUCCAAAGCUUGGAUCUUCGAAGGGUCAAAGAUAAAUUUCAAUUUCCCGAUACGUUGAUGCUUUCAAAAAUUCUUUUUGAAAGUGGUGCAGAAAAGAAUGAUAUAAUCUCGUCUUUAGAUACAGGGGUGUCUUCUUCCAGAUGCGUUUCUUUUCGGGAAGUAUUUGAAGGUAAACAUCUCGAUAAAUUCCGUGAUUUCUGUAAAUCGAGAAGUUUGAAGUCAAGAUGUAGAAGAGUAAUAAGGGAAUGUAUCGGGCCAGGAAUCAGCAGUAAAAUAACUCAAGUUGGUUUACCAAAAUAUCUACAAGAUUAUGUCGUCAUGAAAGACUUGAUACCCGAGAAAUACUUUACUCUUGUACUAAACGAUAAAGAUGACGAUGAUUGUAGUGAUAUUUAUUAUUCUACUGAUGAUAGCAGUGAUCAUUAUUAUUCCACCGAGGAAGAUGACGAUUAUAAUGAAGAGGAUUAUGGUGAUUAUUAUGACUGGUCGGACUGAAGUUUGUAUAUUCAUAACUGUAGCUUUAUUUUACCAACUGCGCCAAUGCAACUGGAUAAUCAUACCAGGCCAUCUCAUGUGAUGUACCUGUCAUUUCGUUUCACCGUUCGCGUGUCUAGGUAAUGUACUGACAUUGAUGUACCUGUCAUUUCGUUGUACCCCUCGCAUGUCUAGGUAAUGUAUUGCUUCAUGUCGAUAUUUAGGAACUAUAAUUAAUUUUAAACUAGAGUGUAAUGUGUCUUUCCAAGCUUCCACAAUAUGCUCCAAAUAUUCCCAAGCACUCAUGUUUAGCGUAGAACAGGGUAUCUCUGUGUCUCAUUUUAGCAGGAUUACACGAUAUAAUCAUUUUUAAAAUCAUUUCUUUUUGUAGUUACAGCAUUUUUUAGAUAUAAUACAAUACAAUUGUACAUUUUCUAUAUUGUCACCAAAUUGCCUUCUUAUUAGUUCAUUAGUUAUUAGUGGGCGACAUGUUUCCAUAUUGUCAGCCCGUCCAUGUUUUAAUUAUCGAAACCUUUGAUAUGAAAUGAAAUGAAAUGAAAUGGAGUAUAACAACCUACUGUUCUGCUCCUAACCUGGGCUAAUGAAGACGGGCAUACGCCAUACAGUGUGCUAUGAGGGAAAUUUUGCCCGGACAGCGGCACUACGGCCUACUCUUAUAUCGAAUUCCAUCUGCCAGGGGAUCUUUUACGUGCACGCCAAUGUGUACGCGGGACCUCGGUUUUUCGUCCCAUCGGAACGACUAGACAGCUUUCCUUGUCAGCCCCUCCGUCCUGCAUCACUGACAAGGGAGAACCACGCCGGAUGUCGGUGAUGCACGACAGAGGGGCUGACAAGGAAAGCUGUCUAGACAUUAAUUUACAACAUAGUGGAAUUGUUAGUUAUAGGAUUUUUUACUAUCUUUCUUAUUCAAUAAAAGUAUUUACUAUCUUUCUAAUUAAAUAUAAGUAUUUACUAUCUUUCUAAUUAAAUAUAAGUUUUU